AUUUUGGAACACGGCUUAUAACCUAUAACGUACAUUGUAAUAACUCUGGAUAGAAAUGACAGAAAUGAUCGCGACACACCGGUCGGAGAUACACAUGUCAAAGUUGCGCUACAAUUUUUGGCAAAAUGGGCAAAACGGGCAAAACGUGAGCGCCACAACCUGCCACAACUGCUAAACCACGUGACUUGUGACGCGUGCUAGGCGGCUCGGCUGGCUCGGCUGGCUGGGGUGACGUAAACCGCGUAAAGUAUGGAGUUUCCGACAGUUCCGACACGAGUAAGUUUGUGAAAGUUUGUCUCGAAAAUUGAGAGUGGUGUCAGCUGAAGGUGGCGUGUCCACCUUGUCUCAAGACCUUCACGCCUCGGCCGCGCUGGAAUGCGAGUGGCAGCAAUGGAUCUCGCGUCGCCGCUACUGGGCCCCGAAACGGAUGUGGACAUUCCUCUGGCCGUCAUUGGCCUCCGGAGCCUCGCCAUCCUCAGCUCCAGACUGGACGUGACCCAGAUCCUGGUCGGGCCACACGGCUACCGGGACUGGAGGGGUCUGGCGGCCCUGGCCGGCUUUGAUCGCGACAGCGUCGAACUCAUGGGUCAGCGCGGGGAGAGCCCCACGGAGGCUCUCAUCGAUGCCUGGGUGGCACAGAGCAGAAAGGAGAGGGUCACCCUGCAUCUCCUCAUCCAGAAUCUGGAGCUGCUGGAGAGAUUCGAUGUCAUUGACGACGUCAUGCCACACCUAGAUCAUGAUGUCAAAUUAUUCAGGAAUAAGCAUUCUGGUGACCUGCCUGAUUCAAUAUCGGAUCCACUACUGAAACUCCCUGAAGGGUGUCCUGUGUACGACGCAUACGUGUGCUACACGGCCGAGGACUUUCCCUUUGUGCAAACGCUGGUGGAGAAGCUGGAGCGUCCAGAGCUGGGGAUCCGCCUUUUCCUUCCCGAGCGGGACCUCUGUGCUGGCGUGCUAAAGUACAACACCUUCUUCCAGCUCAUGGAGAAGUGGUGCAAGAAGACCAUCAUCAUAUUUUCCCCAGAGUUUCUAAAGUCCCACGAAUGCCGCAUGCAGCAAAAGUUCAUUGAAAGUAUCGAGAUUGAGCAAGCUCAGCAGAAACUGAUUCCAGUGGUGAUCAAGCCAUGUGCGCUCGACGGCAUGAUCAGGAUGAUCUCCAAGAUCAACCUGUGUGAGACCGCGUCGGCCCUGAGCCACUGGAGCUGGAACAACCUCAUCUCGUCCAUCAAGAGCAGUGGCAAUGGCUCCUUCGUGCAGCGUGCCCCCAGCCUUUGUGCUCUUCGGCUUGCGCCGUCUCCGCCGGAAGUGAGGGCUCCGAGUGCGACCCGCGCCAGAACUCCAGUCGCGGCCCCAAAGGCCGUCGAGGUUGCGUCUCACUCCCACAAGGGCAAGGCCAAGUGGCUCAGCGGGAUUUUCAGCCGUAAAAAGAACAACAGUGUUUCGAGUGCCUCGAGCGGCUUUCAGAGUAUGGCAACGCCAGAGUGAACUGCGUCAGAGUGGUGACAACGUGACGUUCAUGAAGUGAGGCAGAAGUGGCAAUACUCAAUGUUUUGAAUCGAAUGUUACAAUGGUGCUCCUUCACAAUGGUUGUGCAAUUAACUAUUUGUUGUAUUUGUUGCUUUUGUAAUGUAUCAGUAUUCCAAGUGGGCGGUGUGAAGAGUUACUCGGUAAUCAUGCAGCAUUAAAAGCUCGAAAUCUCAAA